CGAGGGCGUGACCACAGCUGGGGGUUGAGGAGAAAGGGACUGCAUGCUCUGUGUGCUCUAUCACAACAAGAAAACAAGCCAGACAGACUACAGCGUGGCAGAGCGUCAGAGAUCCCUCGGUCAUCCCUCAUUGAAAAGGUUGGCGAGCAAGCGGACGAUCUGUCGAAGACUUCACAGCAAAACAGUUUCUGACAUGCACUUUGAUAAAUCGCCAAAAGAGAAGCCGUGUUGCACACUGCCCACAGUGAAAAAACUCUUGGAGCAGAAGAGAAGACGUGAGACGUCCUCUGUGCCACCCUGCUGCCCGACAACCAGCACAAGUCCUGUUCCUCCAGCUACUGUUACACAAUUGCCUCCAUCAGAACCAUUUCCCUGUACAGGUGCAGCAAGUAGCUACUCAGACAUGGCAGUGAGCUAUGAGCAGUGGGCCCCAGCUCCCGAGUCUACACUCAGUUUUUAUAGCAACCAACCAGGAACCAGCUUUACCACAACCUACAGCCACACAAUGACACCUGAAUACACACAGCAACCAGUCCAUCCAUUUGUGGAAACGAUGUCUCAGCCAUAUGACUGCCUGGGGGCUCUCUCAGAUUCUUCCUGGUCACUUCUGGACCCAGGCCAGACCACACAGCUGACUUUCAGUCCAACAAUGGAUACCACCAAGCUAGAGGAAGCCAGGAUGCUGCUUAGCAGGAUGGACUACAGCAGAACUACCUGCCAGGAUGAAGAUGGAGACACCAUCCUGCACAUCUACACUGCCAAGGGACUGAGAGAGUGUGCCUAUGCUGCUGCGGAGAGGCUGAGGGAUGUAGGGAGACUUGAUGCAAAAGAACACAAGGGAAAGACUGCUUUACUGGUGGCAGUGACGGCAAACCAGGCUGACAUUGUCCAAGAUCUGCUGUCUUUGGGAGCGGACAUCAACGCCUGUGACGUUAAUGGACAAACCGCUCUUCAUCUGGCUUCCCACUAUGGAUUCCCAGGGGUUCUGCGGGCGAUUCUGUCGAGCAGGCCGGCUGUCAACCUGGAGGCCCGCAAUUUUGAAGGGAUGACCCCUCUGCACUGUGCAGCCAUUUCUCACAGUGUCACGGUGAAGGCUUUGUCCACCAAUGGGCAUGCAGAUGUUAAUCUUCAGACCAAAGCUAUGGAGAAGCUCUCCUGCGUGCAGAUGCUACUUGGUGCAGGGGCAUCCCUUCUCAGUCAGGAAAUCAAAAGUAACAAGACUGUGCUGCAUUUGGCUGUGAAGGAGGGGAACAUUGAUCUGGUGCGUUAUCUGCUGAGCAUUCCCCUGCCGAACAUGAAAGACUUUGUCAAUAUGAAAGCUCAUGGCCACACAGCUUUACACAUGGCAGCCGGUCUCCAUGGUAACCUCCACCAGGAGGUGAUCCUGCAGUUGCUGCUGAGCAAAGGAGCUGAUCCCAGCAUCCGCAAUCUGGAGAAUGACCAGCCAGCUCACCUGCUGCAGAGCGGCCUGCUGGGAGAACAGCUUAAGCUCAUGCUGAAGAAACGAAGUGCCUCCUCUCGUCGACGUAUCGUGUCCUUGCAGGACCAGGAAUGAAUCAGAUAAUCUGUAGUCCCAUUUUGGAGGGAAUAUGUCUUCAAGAUAGUUCCUCUGUUGAGAAGGGGGGUUUACCUUUUAUUUUGAUGACACUCUGGGAGUAUCCAGCCUAUAUAUUGAUAAGUAAACAAGACUACUUUGGUAUAUAAAUCUCCAAAUGCUGUGUAAUUCACAUUGCAAUAGACAAAGGAUGCUUUAAUUCUAAAGCUUAAAAUUUGCUUGGUAUUUAGUUUCUGUAAAACUGUAGUGUUUUAUUUAUUUACUACACUUAGGCAGAAGUAUUCCUCUGUGAGUGAAGGAUUUCAUUCUGAAAUAUAAUAUCUCUGUGAAGACUUUUCCACGAAACGCUGUCGCUAGCAAUCAGGCAUGCAUUUGAAAGUUUUUAAGUAACGUAUUUAUUUUUUUAAACAUUUUGCAAUGAAACAACAGAACUACAAGACAUUAGCAUUAGUUAUUGAAAAAAAAGUAGUAGUCGAAGGUGGAGUAAUAUUUAUUUUUCUGUUAGGCUAAACUCCCGGUUUUAUGUUGAUUUCUGUGAAAUCGUGAAAAUAAGCUCCAGGACAAUGUCCCUGAAAGACCUCUUGUUGUGUCAAAUCCCCCUAUUUGAAAUAUUAUCAUAAUGAUACAGUGAGUGAUGGUUGUCAUAUCAAUCAGUAUGUGUGCUUUAUGUGUGUUUGGAAUGAGAAUAAUCUGUUGUACGAUUGAACCUUCUUUCUGUAUGCAUCAUACAUAUUUGUGUAACCUCAGGUGCACUUUCCUUUGUGGAAAAGGAAACUUUAAGGGUAAAACUUGUAUGUUUUUAAAAAUGAUUGUGACAGACAAUGUGUUUUUUUUCUUUGUCGAAGAGGCAUUACAUGAGUAAGUGUGGUGACAAAUUGUCUGACUGACUGUACUUUUUACUCAUGAGUCAUGAGUACGAGGACGAUAACAGUGCUUAAAUUCCAUCAGGUUCUUUUGAUCUUCGGGGUAGCCUUUGAACAGUCCCGUUUACAUUCAGCUUCAGAAAUUAGCAGGAUGGAAAAUACAGCAACCCAUAAGAAGCUUGCACUUUUGUUUACACUCAGACAGUAUUUAUUUUUCAAGGCCAAUUUCAACCAACCUUCACUGCAAUGACAGUGAAACUUAAUCACAGAUUAAAUGAGUGUGACCUGAGUGACAAGUAAGCCUCUCACUUAUGUGUCAUCCUUUAUAUUAGACACGCUGUAAAUUCCUGUAAAGCACAAAGGAAAUCUCACAACAAAACCACAUAACAUUUCUCAUGAACAUGCUUUUCAUUUUCUACACUCUUGCUUCACAUGAGAAUAAUUUCUGAAAUUCUUAUAACAAGAGUAGAUGUGAUCCAUUUGAAAGUAGUCUCACUUAUAGCCUUUACAGGGAAUUGGCUACUGUUGCUUUAGAACUGAAACAGCUCUGACUGUUAUAUUUGUAAAGGUCACCUCAAAAUGAAUGUUGGCUUUUCAUUUCUUUCAUUUUGCAAAUUUUGAUUUGUUAUGAUUUGGUUUUUCCAUUGAUUGGUUCAUCAGCUGGAUCUGCUUUUGUUUGAAAGAUCCUGCGCAGGAAAAAAAAAAAAGAACAAUAAAUCCAAAGACGACUGUUAAACUGGCUCAAUGAACGCGGUUUCAUUUGCUGUACACAUGAUGGACACGUUUCUAAUUUUGUAAUCAUGCUCUUGAUUUUAUUGUUUUACAACAGUAAAAGAUGUAGAAGAGAAA